CCCUUUUAAGUAAAAAAUUAUAAAUAUAACGAUUUUUCGACAUAAUUUUAUACAUUUCUUUGCAUUCUUAUUUGAAUAAUUAAAAAUAUGAAUAAUUCACCAUCACAAAUUACACCUGAUUGUCUUGAAGUUAUCUUUAAAUAUUUAAAAUAUGAUCGAUCCUCACUCUUUUCUUGUUUACUUGUAAAUCGACUUUGGUGUCGUCUAGUAGUUCAUUUGAUCUGGAGAGAUCCUUUUUUUAACAUGAAUUCCAAUAAAGAACCUCUUUUCGGUAUUGUUCAAUCAUACAUUUCUUGUCUUCCGGAUACAUCAAAACAAAAUAUUAUUGAUGAAAUUAUUAAUACGGAUGAAAAGGAUGAAAAGGAUGAAAAAACAUUCCAACAAUUACAGCAACAAUUACAACGACAACCACUUUUCAAUUAUAUCAAAUAUUUACAGGUUUUUAAUUCAGAAAACUUUGAUAUUGCAUUUAAUGAAUGGCAUAAAAAAUAUAAUAAUCUAUAUACAAAUACCCAUAUAUCCAAAUUAUUAAUU